UUUACCCCCCAGACCUCUUUGAUAUUAUGGCCUGUCCACUCCGAACGGAGGACUCAGGAGUCAGGAGAGACCAACUUCCCAAGUUAGAAACAAAGGAUUGAAAUUCAGGUAAGGAAUUAAGGUCAAAAUCGUCAUUAGGAACGUUCUUAGCGGCGAGCGAGAGCGAGAGCGAGAGACUCGUGGAGGGUCGCUCGGUGCGAUGCGUGGAGAUGGAGGCCAGGUGACACAGAAUGCAGAGGUCCUGUUGCAACGCCAAGCCCUUCCAAUGGCGGAUCGUCGCGUCUUAUAAAUCCUAGCCCUCCCCCCUUCUCUGGUUCCUACCCGGACCUCGUCAAAAUUUCUUCUUGAUUCGUUUUUCUCAGAAAAUGGCGGAGUCGGGGAAACUUCUGUACAUAGUGGUGGUGGAGGAUGGAGAAGACAAGAAAGAGAAAGAAAAAGAGAAAGAGUCGUUUAGGUACACGCGUCCGGUUCUGCAGAGUACUCUGCAGCUCAUGGGAUGUAAAGCUCGACAUGCGUUCAAGAUAAGCCAACGAGUUCUUGAAUUGAUCAGAAGUGUAAAUUCGAACGAUGCUUUGCUUCCAGAAGUAAUGAGCACAUUGACAUUGGAUGCUUCGGUAGAUCAUGGCUGUCCUACCAGUGGUUGCUUGGGAAAAACAGAGGCGCCCAAGCAUUUGGUUGCAGUGAAAGAUGAUAGAAGUAAGAGUGUACCAUUUGAAUUGUACAAAAUACGAACGACAGUUGUUGUCAGAAGGAAAACUUUCCUAGAUGUUGUGUGUGAUGCACUGGCUGAAUAUAAGUAUGUGGGUCCCAACCAGAGGGCAGAUUUAGUUUUGGCAUGCAGAAUCCGAGAAAGGAAGGAAUCUGUGACUGUACUAUUGUGUGGCACUAGUGGCUGUGGCAAGUCUACUUUGUCAGCAUUGCUGGGUAGCAGGUUGGGGAUCACAACAGUUAUAUCAACCGACUCUAUUCGGCAUAUGAUGAGGAGUUUUGUAGACGAAAAGCAAAACCCUCUACUAUGGGCUUCAACCUACCAUGCAGGGGAGUUCUUGGAUCCUGUGGCUGUUGCAGAAGCAAAGGCCAAAAAGAAAGCUAAAAAAUUGGCAGGCAUUUCACACUCGCUUCCCAAGGAUGAACUACUUGGUGGUUCUUCAACUGAGAAGUCUGAGGCUAGAUCCUCGCCAGGGGGUUUUAGCUCAACUGACUUGAUUAGUCCAAAGCAGAUGGCCAUUGAAGGAUUUAAGGCACAAAGUGAGAUGGUAAUUGACAGUCUUGAUCGGCUGAUCACCGCAUGGGAAGAGCGAAAAGAAUCAGUGGUUGUUGAGGGUGUUCACUUGAGCCUUAAUUUUGUGAUGGGGCUUAUGAAGAAACAUCCUUCUAUCAUACCAUUUAUGAUAUACAUCACAAAUGAGGACAAACACUUGGAACGAUUUGCAGUACGUGCUAAAUAUAUGACACUGGACCCAGCAAAGAACAAAUAUGUAAAGUAUAUCCGAAACAUCAGAACAAUCCAAGACUAUCUAUGCAAGCGGGCUGACAAGCAUCUUGUCCCCAAAAUAAACAAUACCAAUGUUGAUAGAAGUGUAGCAGCCAUCCAUGCUACUGUUUUCAGUUGCCUUCGUAGGCGUGACACAGGGGAACACCUGUAUGAUCUUGCCACAAACACUGUUACUGUGAUUGACGAGGAGUACAGAAACCAGUGUGCUGCCAAUUCAUUGACCUCCAAGGGGAUGUUUCAACUGCUUCAGAGGAAAGGCUCCUCUAGGCAUCUCAUGGCUCUCGUUAAUACUGAUGGAUCUGUGGCAAAGGCUUGGCCUGUAGAUUCAGUCGAUAGUAAUGGGAAGCCAAUUUUGGGCCAUGUGACCCAGAUUGGUAAGGCUGAACCAGUUAAUCUUCAGUUUGGUCUCUACGGAAUCAGUGCGUGGCCCAGUGAUGGUGGCACCAGUCGUGCUGGAAGUGUUGAUGAGUCAAGAGCUGACGGUACUGAUACUGGAAGUAGAUAUUAUUCUUCUUGCUGCAGCUCACCGAGAAUGUCUGAUGGACCUUCCAAGGAGCUCAAGGAGGAGCACUCAGUGCAUGGUAGUGAUGAAGAAAUUGAUGAUCCACCCGAGGCAGCUACUGAUGAUGAUCUAAGUGAUGACCAUGACAAAGAGGUCCUUGAAGAGAUCGGUUCAGUUGAUGAGGAGUCUACAAAAUCGGAUGAAGAGUACGAUGAUCUGGCAAUGCAAGACAUAAUGGAGAAUGGAUACUGUUCAGAUGAUGAUGAGGCCAAGGAUAAGCUUGCGCCUGUUCGUAGGGAUGAAUCCCUGGAUAUGCAAGGGGAUAAAUAUCGCCAAAACCUGGAGCUCUUCCAGAGAACUAAUAGUGAGCCUUUGUCAGAGCUGUGUUCUUACUCUUUGUUUAUGGAGAAGAAUGAGAGGCGAAAGCCUUCUGGUAAUGUCAAAAUGAGAAAACGCUCCCUCAGCAUUCCACCCCAUAGAAAGCAUCGGUCGUUUAUUGGUGACCCUAUUCUUUCAGGCGCUCCUCUGGGGUAGCACAAAAAUUUUGUCUCGGUUUUUAGUGUUUUUGCGUUUUCUCUCUUUCCUUUUCCAGCUUUUACUUAGAAAGAGUACCCUACCCAGGCAAGUUCAGUUCGUACCCUCGGAUGUGUAUAGUAUAACUUGGUUUAUGGUUUUUAAUGACUUGGAACACUCUUUGUUGUGCUUUUUUUAAUUUUUAUUUUAUUUUUAA